AUGUUUCGGGCAGGCCUAAUGCGGCAAUAUCCGCGUCCGCUGUACGCCGGCCGAACGUUUUCUCUCCUCUCGGCGAGAAAGUACAAUCGCCACCUUUCACAUCACAUCCCGCCUACUUUGACUUUCCGCCGCAACAUCGGCUUUGUAAAGGUUUUGGCUCGGGCAGCAAAGAUCCCGGCGUAUAUCGGGGGAACCAUGGCCGCAGGCGGGUCUUAUGUGGCAUACAAGAUGGAACAGGCGUCCAGUUACACCUCAGACCGGCUAAAUUCCAUCAAGGAUUACACGGCGGACUUUUUCGACCGCACAGGCGAUUUUUUCAAGCAGAUGAAGGGCGAUGGGUCCGAGGCGGGAAGCAGUGGCGGCGACGGCGGGCCUGGUGGGGACAACACCACUGCCUUGGGCGCAACAGCCGCUGCCAUGGGUUUAUCUUCUGAAGAUGAGACAGACGUUGAAAGCGGGACCGAAGACGAUGAAGAAGACGACGAGACGUUGAUUGACCAAGACGAAGACGAGCAGCUAGACUUGGAUAACGACGACACGGCGGACCAGAUGCUCAAUUUGACCCGGCAAAUGAUCGAGAUCAGAAACAUCUUAACUGCCGUCGACAGCCAGUCCGAAACGUUGAAGCUCCCAUCGAUUGUGGUUGUGGGAUCGCAGCUGAGCGGCAAGUCGUCUGUUUUGGAGGCCAUCGUGGGCCAGGAGUUUCUUCCAAAGGGAAAUAACAUGGUCACGCGUAGACCCAUCGAAUUGACGCUUGUCAAUGCGCCUGAGAGCGCCAGCGAGGUGGCCGAGUUCCCGGCUUUGAAGAUGUUCAAUGUGACAGACUUUCUGCAGGUGCAGAAGACGCUCUUCGACUUGAAUAUGGCCGUUCCUGCGGCAGAAUGCAUCUCCAACGACCCCAUUCAAAUUACCAUCCGCUCUCCCAAAGUGCCUGACUUGACUUUGGUAGACUUGCCCGGAUACAUCCAGGUUGAAGCCGCGGACCAACCGCUCGAGUUGAAGCAGAAAAUUCGUGCGCUCUGCAAUCGGUACUUGGAAGAGCCAAACAUCAUUUUGGCGAUCUCUGCAGCCGAUGUUGACUUGGCCAACUCGUCAGCCUUGCGUGCUGCCAAAUUGGCCGAUCCUCGCGGUGAAAGAACCGUCGGUGUUGUCACUAAAUUGGACUUGGUCGAACCGGAAAAGGCCAGAGCGAUUUUGCUCAAUCGGAAGUACCCAUUGCGAAUGGGCUAUGUGGGCGUCAUUACCCGUGCUCCUCCGCCACUGGCCGCACUGUCGGGAGGCUUAUUUGGCCGUCGUCAGGUUACGGGAUACCAAUCUUACGUAGCUCAACAGAACUUUGAGUUUGGGUAUUUCAAGGAGCAUCGCAGCGAAUUUGCCGGCACUGUGACUGGCUCGCGCAACUUGAAGAAGAAACUUAUGAAGGUGUUGGAAAAAUCCAUGUCUGCGUCUCUCCGGCCUACACAUCUUGCUAUCCAGCGGGAGUUGGAAGAAACAGCAUACCAAUUUAAAGUGGAAUUCAAUGACAGGCCGCUUACGCCACAAAUGUAUUUGGCCAACAACAUUGAUUUGUUGAAAGUGGCGACAAAGGAAUUGAGUCAACGAUUUUCCCGCAACGAGUUGAAAGCGCUUCUCAAAAGCGAGCUUGAUCAACGUGUGUUGGAUUUGUUGGCGGAAAGAUACUGGAACCGCCCUUUUGAAACGCUCACAUACGACAAGCUCGCAUCGACAGAACCCAACUUGCGUGAGUUGAGCCAGCUUGUUUCGGUUGAUGAAGACAGCUACUGGCACAAAAAGUUAGACUUGGCCACGUCAUCGUUGACUAAACUGGGCGUGGGCCGCAUGUCCACUUCUCUAGUGACAAAUGUUGUUGUCACCGAAGUCAACAACUUGGUUGAUCGGACACAACUUUCAAACCACCCCAUGGCCCGGAGCGCCGUGGAAGAAGCAGCCAAGGCCGUAUUGAAGUCAAAAUACUACUCUACAGCCGAUCAAGUGGAGAACUGUAUCAAGCCGUACAAGUACGAAGUGGAGAUUGAAGAUCGCGAGUGGGACGUGAGUCGGGAGAAUGCAGCACGGCUUUUAAAGGAGGAGAUGAGCCAGUGUGACGCAGCACUAGCCAAUUUGAAGAAACUGGUUGGUGGACGCAAGUUGCAGCAAGUCGUCAAGUACUUGGAGAAACUCCGCAGCCUGAAGCUGGACGUGGAUGUGGACUCAAACGAGGCGCUUGGAUUUUCGAAAGCUUUGAUUGAAAAAGGAAAACAGGCCAUGUUCAUGGACGAGCGAAUGAAGUUGCUCAAGAUGCGCCAUCUGUUUGUGAAAAACUCGAAAAAGUGCAAGAGCAAGGACAACAAGUACCAAUGUCCCGAGGUGUUUUUGGAUGCGGUGUCGACAAAAUUGACCUCGACGGCCAUUUUGUUUUUAAAUGUCGAGUUGCUCAGUGAUUUCUACUACAAUUUCCCGCGGAAGUUGGACGACGAGUUUUUCGGCACUUUGACUCCGGAGCAGUUGGAAAGCUUUGCAAAGGAAGACCCGAAGGUGAAGAAACACAUCGAGUUGCAAGAGCGCAAGGACCUUCUUGAAAUGGCCUUGAGCAAAAUCGAAGGUGUCCUUGUUCUCCAGAGACAGAAAACUGGCCAGGAAAGCCGGUGGUGGUGA